CUUAGGUAAAUCACAGCAGGGAGCCACACGCAGACCAAGCGCAGUGUCCGUGUCAGUUUCAGGGCAAAUAUGCCAGGCGCAGGCAAAUAAGCAACGUUAGCUGUCAGUCGCUAGUCGCCCCAUGGCUAAUAUUUGAUUAUGCAGCAUUUUAUGUGCGUGUCACAAAUCCGAGGACAACAGCAUCAUCGGACAGACAAACGCGUUGCGCUAUUUGCUUGCACUAGAAACAAGUCCUCGGUUUGGCUUGACAACAAGCUCAUAUGUGGGCGUCGUUCGAUUAAUUUUAGACUAUGAGCCAUCAAAUGAAAUGCUACAUUUAAUAUUCACAUUCUCUUUUAUGACUGUGGCCAAAAUCUCUUAACAGAAACGACGCACAGCAAAUGCAAACACAGUUUUUUUUUUUUUUUAGGCAUUUGGAAAAAUAUAGCCCAAAUAUUUGAACAACAAUGUGAACACGCAAUUCGACCUUGAUGGGGUAUUAAAUUUGACUGAAAGUCGUUUUGCAGUCUCCUUAUUCGCAUUAAAUUGCAAAAACUUUAACUAUAUAUAAUUAUUUUAAUUUUAACUAAUUGGGUAUAUUAAUUAAAGUGCUUGGAAGGUAUCUGUUGCCCUUGUGUACUUUUAGUUUAAAGUAUUUGAAAAGCAAAAUUAGUAUAAAGUUAUUCUAUGAAUGUCCUGCCCAGGCUGUGACUAAAGUAAAUUUUGAUUAUUUAUGUGCAAUUCUUUUCUAUAGAUAGAUAUUUUGAUAUUUAGCAUAUCUAAGAGUAUUGAUUCCAAACCACGUGAAAGACACAACUUUUUUGUUCGCGCAUAGUGGAAGAAACAAUGAAGUAGGCAAAACAAAAGAAUAUAAAAAUAUUAUUAUCAAAUACAUCUGUGCAAAUUUGCAAAAAACUUUGUAUAGUUUGCGAAUUUCUAUAAAAGCAGAAGUAUUGGCCAUAGUUUAUGAAAAGUUUCGGGCUGUCAACGUUUGCAAAUAAAUAAUAAAAUGAGAAUCUUUGCAAUAUUAUUGGGCUGUGCCGUAUUCGUGCUUUGCAUGAUCAAGGAUAGCGAGGCGGUCGUCUGUACAUCGCCUGGUGUGCCGACCGACUGUGUUGAUUGCACGGAUGAGCUGAACGCCGAUGACGCAGAAUGCCUGGCCAUCACAACAGACACAACGGAGGCGACAGCAGCAGGAUCAGCGACAACAACAACGACAACAGCAACAACAACAGCUGCAACAGCCACAACAGUGCGCAGCAGACGCAAGCCCAGGCGAAAGGUUGUCAGAUUGACCAAUUUGCAGUACACGAAUGUCCGUCGGAUCAGGGUUAAUCGCAAUCGAGCACCUGCCGCGUCCUUCAAGAAGCGUCAAAAUAAAGCGCGUGUUGUGGUUGUGGGCUAAGGCCAAUAAAUAACUUGUUGCUGUUCAAUAAAAAUGCCAUAUUCAGAAAA